UUUUCUUUUUUUUUUUAGACUGGCCAGCAUUGGAGUGUGUGUGUGUGUAUGUGAUGUGCCGCUUUUUGCGAGAAUGUGCUGUGAGAAGCUUUUUUCCUUUCGUGUGCUGAUCUGAAAUUCUCUGGAUGUCCAGCCCGAGUAAAGCUUUGCUGGGGUCCUUAUUGAGACGAUUCUGGCCUAGAGGUCUGUUACCGACUGCGGCGUUUGCAUGGGCUUCUCUCCUGUUUCCGUUUGAGUCCUGACGAUAUAGAAAGCUAUGGCUAGCUCGAAGCAUCCUUGCGGUAAUCAUCAUGGACACGGAGCAGACUGCUCAGUCAUCAAGCUUCGGGGCAAGAUUUACAAAGACGUUCUUGCUUCCCGGAAGACCUCCAGCGAUUUUCUUUGGGCUACCCAAACAUGGAUACCAUCAGAAACCUACUCCUCGAUUUCCAAGGCUGUACCUCCCAAAGAUUUGAUAGAUCUCGUGUCGAAAAGUCCACGAAUUGCUGACGUCAUUUCGCAAGAAUCCCAUGGCGACGCGAAGAAAGCAGAGGAUUUGCGCAAACGGACGAAAGAUAUUUUGAACGAAAUGUGUCACAAUCAAGAAAUGAAGACUGUGCGGUUCUUCGCAGUCAUCUUGUCGAAACUAGUUCGUCAGAUUUUCUGCCAUGUUUACAUCAACCGAGCUGGAAUCGAAAAAGUCAGAGCUGCUUUGCCACAUGCACCGACAAUUCUUUUGCCGACUCACCGGAGCUACGCGGACUUUUUGGUGAUAUCCUUCCUGAAUUAUUCGUAUCAUCUCCCGCUGCCUGUGAUAGCUGCUGCAAUGGAUUUUACGGGAAUGUCAGGAGUUGGAGAACUUCUUCGGCGCAGCGGAGCGUUUUUCAUCAAACGCAACGUUCGAGAAGAUGCGUUGUACCGUGUCAUUUUAUUAGAAUACGUGCAAACUAUCAUCAGGUUAGGGAAUCAACCCCUGGAAUUUUUCAUUGAAGGAACGAGGAGCAGAACUUCCAAGUCUUUGUCGCCAAAACUCGGUUUACUGGGAGCGUGUUUCGAAAUGUACAUGAAAGGAGUCGUGCCGGAUUUGAACCUUGUUCCAAUCAGUGUUACCUAUGAUCGGACCAUGGAAGAGAAACUGUAUGCCUAUGAGCUGCUUGGUAUUCCAAAACCAAAAGAAUCUACUUCAGGAUUAUUCAAAGGGCUUUCAGUACUUUCGGAAAGUCACGGAAACGCUUACGUUACUGUUAGCGAUCCGAUAUCUCUGAAAGAAUUACUCGAAAAAUCUAUUGCUCGGCACGGAUUGGCGGAACAACGAUCGCAAGUCCGUUCACUCCACUUGGACGCUAUGACGAAACACGAAUUGGAGUUUCUUGAAAAGGGUGGCUUGGAGGUGCUGAGAACUCACGGAACACUGGCCAUCAUUCCCCUGUUUUCGUUGAUCUCGAUUUCCUUGGCUGCUCGUUGCCCAUUGCGACAAUUGUCUGAUUUUGAAGCCGUGAAAAUCGGUGUCGUCUUGCAAGACGUGAAAGAGCUGAAGUCGGUUGUUGAGGCUGUCGGUUGCUCCGUUUCGCAUGACGUGACUGAAGAGGCGCUGAAAAGUGUUCUGGUUAUCAGAAAAAAUCUGCUGUCUUGCUGCCGGGAAAGCGAAAGUGAAGUGCUAGAUAUUGAAGCAAUUUCUUUCCAGGAUCUGAUGAACUGCACAUUGAGGCUGAAAUCUCUUCAUACUCUUCAAGGGGAUUCUCAGGUUGUGAAAGGUGGAAGAGGCCAUCCGUUGCGCCAAGAAAUUCUGGUUCAAGCGGUUCCACGAAUAGUUCUUCAGCAGUGUGCGAAUGCUUCCUUGCAUGCCUUGUUCAGGCCGUUUUUCUUGGUGACUGUCGCUCAUGCGCUUUGUGACGGAGAAGGAAUCGUUCAUCCAGGAGAGCUGCUUGAUCGAUUCCGAUUCCUCAUGCGAUUGUUCCGCUUCGAGUUCGUCCAUGAUCCUGAUUUCAUUGAUGAGGAUUUUGUGGCUGCUCAAGAACUGCUUGCGGAAAGGAAAAUUCUGCAAACGUGCGGGGAUAAGUUCAAAUUGUCAGCGGAAAAUUCCACAUUGGCCCAGUUGGGGAAGUCUGCUGUUCGCCCGUUCCUCCAGGGUUACUUGAUCAUGGCAUCAGUGCUUACCAAUAUUAGUAACGAGGUGAAUGCGUCAGAGGCUAUGAAACUUUAUCAAGCUAGAAUCGAACAACUUGUCAUAUCUGACGCAUCCGUCGAGUGCAGUACGCUCAUGCUGGAUUUAGCUUCGAAUGCCCUGAAGGCGUUUUGUGAGGCUGGGGCUUUGCAGAAGAAAAGGAGCGAUGUGUAUGAGAAAGCGAACAUAUGGCUAGCGGCAGUCACCAAGCAGAAUGUGAAUGCUGCGAUGGUGUUCGAAUUCCUCAACAAGAUGGUAGAUCUGAUGCAAGCUUAUUUUGGAAAAGUUUCUGAAGAGAACGUGAAGAACAAUUUCGUGCUAAUGUAUGAACUACUCGAUGGUGCGUAUACGUUUGAUGAGUCCGUUCUUAUGUCACGGAAUGGUCUUCUUUCAGGUCAAGUGCUGUCUUCUCACGUAGCCGGAAAAGUGGUGAUGAAGUCCUAUUUGUCAGGGAUGCCGGAAUGUAAAUUCGGUAUCAAUGAUAAAAUCAUGCUGGAAGCGAAGGGCAAAACUGCGGCAGCCGUGAAUGAUGACCCUACUCGAUCAAAAAGUGCGAUCGCUAUUGACGAUUGUCAGUUUCACCAAUGUGUCAAGUUGAGCAAGUUCGAAAGCGAACAUUCCAUCAGUUUCAUACCGCCUGACGGCGAAUUUGAGCUCAUGCGCUACAGAAUUACCAAGGAUAUCUCGCUUCCUUUUCGCGUCAUCCCGCUUGUUCGUGAGGUCGGGCGAUCGAAGUUGGAAGUCAAGGUGGUGCUGAAAUCGCAAUUCAAAACGACCCUACUUGCGCAGAAGAUAGAGGUGAAAAUCCCGACUCCGUUGAAUACUUCUGGGGUGCAACUCAUUUGCCUGAAGGGCAAGGCGAAGUAUAAACCGGCAGACAAUGCCAUCGUUUGGAAGAUAAAGAGACUGGCGGGGAUGAAGGAAUCGCAGAUUUCUGCGGAAAUCGACUUGUUGCAAACGGACUCGAAGAAGAAAUGGAAUCGUCCGCCGAUUUCCAUGAACUUCGAAGUUCCCUACGCUCCCUCGGGCUUCAAAGUUCGUUAUCUCAAGGUUUUCGAGUCUAAAUUGAACUACUCUGACCACGAUGUUAUCAAAUGGGUGCGAUACAUUGGUCGAAGCGGCCUCUAUGAAACGCGAUGCUGAAAAUACUUAUAUAGAUCAACUCAUCGUCUCAUUCUGCGCUCUCAACGGGGUUCUAAAUUAUGUAUGUCUUUUUUUCUCUCUUCCGAAUAUUUGGGGAGUGUAGGAUUGGAUAAUUCGGCCCUGUGAGUUGUUGGUUUUUUUUUUUUUUUGUGGAAGCAAGUGAUCGGGAUCCGUGCAUUCCUGUUGCGAGUUGGAACCGUUUUCCUGUGGAUUCCGGAUGUGCAGCCCUUUUAUUGUCACUUAUCUGCAGUGUGUCACUUCGUGUCCCGCACGGUUGAGCGCGUCCCAAAACGCCGCGUGUUCAAAGCAGCGCUGAACACUUUUUAAAGUUAUAAGCAAUCGUGCGAAAUAGUUCCUUGGUGUACAGUGAUGCGGUUUGAUGAGAUCCGAUUGCAGUCGCUUCUCUGAGCAGAAUAAACUUGGGUGAAAUUGAAACAAGUUUCUGCGCGAAUAUUUUACAACUUUCAAGUGCUUUUGCAUAUUUGCGUUUUUCCCUUUGCUGAUCUUUGCUGUGCGCUGAUCUUUCUUUUUUCUAAAUGCGAGCUAUUUUGGGACGCGCUCAUUUGUACCGACACCAUAUCCCUCAGUGCUUUAGCGAACUUCUGAUUUUCCGGGAAGAAGAAAAAGGAAGCAUGCUUAUGAAUGAUCAUUGUUAAACUUCUUUCGAAGCGAUGUUUCAACUAGGGUCACGCUGCAGAACAAAGCUACUCAUAGUAAAUUAUGUGUGCUUGACGUUUUUGCCUGGGGGUUGAUUCAGUUAUUUUCUGCGAGAAUUCCGUCGUUGGUCGUUGUCGAACGUUUUUACGGAACGUUUUUAUUUUAUUUCUUGCGUGACGGACAGGAUGAUGUUUUGGAAAUUAUGG